CUGGUUAACCCAGUCGGGGAAGAAAUGCGUCUUCGGAUGUACCGUUGCUCGAACCUUUACUUCUACGUUGCCUUUGGGCUGAUACUAUCAGCUAAAUGGAUUUUCGCCCAAAACAUGCUCACCAAUCGGUUGAUAAUGAACGGGUUCAUCUUUCCGUCAACCGUUACGGUGGCCGUGGGAGAAAUUGUGCAUCUGAAGAUUCUCGUUACCAUGAAUGAAAACGAUCGCUGUUUCUAUAGGAUGCCCGGGUCUGCCGAUGAUAUCGAUGUCCACGAUGCGGGGAAUACCUUCAGGAUCUCUCGAGCAACUAAUCAGACGCGAUCUCGCCUGCAGCAGACUGAGGAGCAGCAAUCAGGAGUGCCGCGAAACGGGAACGAUAACGAAUGUGGUAUCAACAUUCACAACGUCAACCGUGAUGAUGCGGGAUUCUGGCGUCUCACUUUAAUACGUGAAUCCACCCUGAUUCGGGGAGUGUCCAUGGUGAACGUGAUCGAUGUUCCAACCAUUCCGGACACCAGUGAUCGUGAUUCGAUAACCGAGCUGGAUGAGAUCACUCCCGAGGGUACCGAUUAUUGUUACAUGCUGCGAGACUCCGGAAGCCAGAACCGUGACGUGCCGAUGUACGAGACGUGUAUGCUGCAGGCGUCGGGUUUGGAUCCUACCGGAAAUGGACACUGGAACGUGAUAGCCGGGGUCCAGGGACACAUGCGGGAAAUAAAUUUCGCCAUCAAUAUAGAACAGAAGGACGAACAAAUUCUGACCUCGGUGAACCAUGGGCCGGACUACCAGGUGCUGAUGUGCAACCUGCGCUACUCCCAGCUAAGGAUGAAAUUUUGCCGUUUUCUCCGGCUGGCUGACAAUCUGGGCUUCAACAUGCUGGAAGGGGUAGGCUGGGAUCGAUACCGCUACUAUGGGGAUGGUUUUGGUACCGGCAAUUGUGGGCUGGAAAUCGAAGAACCGGACACGGUCGAUAGAGGCCUGUGGAAGUGUGUGAUUGGAUAUGGCGACGAGUCAAUUAUGAAGGUUUCGGGGGCUAUUCUGGACAGUAGCGAGACGGAUCAGGAACUGGCGAUUAUCGAAGCGGGUGAUGUGAAUGCUUUGAAAGGGACGGAAAUGACCUUACGGUGUAAUGCUAACAAACCGUUGGAUUACUGCUGGUUUAGAGAUCCGGAAGGGAUGAUCUACUCAGUGUCGGAACAUUUGGAACAGGAUGACGACCUAAAAUAUUGGUACAGUGGAGUGGCCUUGUCGAUGGGGGAUUGUGGCAUGAGGGUGAGAGUGAUUUCUGAAGAGGUAGCAGGGCAAUGGAGUUGUCACGUGGGAAGUUCGGCACACUCGGCUCUGGAGGUUUCCCGCACAAUACAAGUAAGGGUUAGCGAGUCCCAAAUCAUUGGUUCCACGGACAGGGUCGAAACAAGCUUAGACACAGCGUUGUCUAUCGAAUGCAGUUCGAUUCCUGCCAAUACGCCGUUGCAGUAUUGCCGCUUUGUUUCUCCUUCUGGUGAUGCUUUCAGUUUGAACGAAGGGAUUACCUCGGACAACGCUAUCUUGGGUAAUUAUUACUCCAAUCCAGCGCAUGAUCCGAAGAAAGGGUUUUGUUCAGUUAUAAUUAGGAAUGUGCGUACCGCAGACAUUGGUCUUUGGAUUUGUGCUGGUAAAAUUGCUGGUCACACUAUGGAACAUUAUUCGGUGAUAGAAGUGGCGCUUCCGCAGAUUUCAACAGAACUAACUACAGCUUCGAUCAUCGGCAUGGCCAUUGGAGGUGCUGCCUUACUCUUGAUUGGUUUAAGUUUGGGAUAUUACAAUUUCAGGCGUCGAAUGAAAAAUGAAGUGUCCGCGGUCAAUAGAGAAAUCGAAAUGUCAGAGAGAGCUGCCGAGCAUUCCAGAUACAGUAUCGCAAGUAGAACAAGUGACUCUAGUCACGAUAGUCGAAACAGUGAUAUUCAACUACGAGCGACAGCCAACUAGAUAAUUCUGGUUUCGACGACAAAUAUAAGUUUAUUAAAUACUCAUUGAGCCAAAAAAUUGAAAACAUAAGUAAAGAGGUUACUUACAGUGUAAUACUAUCUUUUCGCAUUUGUAUGUUACGAAAUAGGCAUAAGUCAGACAUCGCAAACUGCCUACCAGAGGCUGUAUUCAGAUCAUAUAAUCUGGAAAAGAAAAAGGAUUAUUUAAAU